AUGGGGUCAACCAACGUGACCAUUCAGUCCAGAGCACCACAAUUUCUGGCCGUCGUGGGCAUCGGCCUGGCUCUGGUCUUGGCCAUUCUCUUCUUCUACUUCAAUAUCCGCCGUCGGGCUUUUAACCGACACCGCGCCGGCGACCCGGAGCGCGCCCCCAUCAGAUUUCCCGGCGACGACGCGGCGCCUCUCCUGUCCGAGGUCGUCCCCGGUCCGCCGGGCCCAGAUGAGUAUCAUCAGACCACCAGCUACGGCGCCACCGCCCUGGAGCCGAGUCCUGCGAACAAGCGGGAAUUCCUGCACCAAGGCGGAGGGGCUAAGAAGAGCGACAAGGAAGGAGAAGACGCGGGGCCCGGUCAAGUCAUGGCCGAGAUCGAGACAGGCGCCGGCCGGCCAGAAACUCCCGACGAGGCCAACUUGAGCUCCCCGUCUGACGAGGAGGAAGACGACGACAGGACGCCGGUUGGGCCCUCCACGACAGCCAGAACCGACUCCGAGGCCCCGUUGGACUAUCUGGGCGGGGCGGAAGAGGAAUGGAAGCAACCGUCGCGGCCAUACAGCCCGACAACAACUGCUUCAUCGGCCCACUCAACGGGGCGAUGA